CAAUUUUUUGGGGAAAUUUUUCAGUAUAACCCAAAAUCAAACCAUUUGGAUAAACUUAGAUCUGAGAGAGUCCAUAAAACAAACAUGUUGAAGCAAGUUAUGAUUGCAAGACUGAGGGUGGUAGUACCUCGUUUCAGUCAAUUCCUUAGGGUUCAAACUAUAAGGUCAAUCACUCAAAAUGGACAAACUUAUCCUGAUGAAAUAUCACUUGAUGGAAAGACCUACAAAACUGAUGAAUGGACAAAUGUACCAUCAUAUAUCUUGGACUUAACUCAACGAAGAUUACAUCAGAAUCCAGAUCAUCCUAUUGGUAUAUUACGUGAUUUGGUUGAACAAAAUAUGAAAGGAAUGGGAUAUACUUUCUAUAAUGAUUUCAAACCUGGUGUUACUACAUAUCAAAAUUUCGAUGUAUUAGGAUUUCCUCAAGAUCAUGUGGGAAGAUCAAGAUCUGAUACUUAUUAUAUUAAUAAAGAUAACUUAUUAAGAACCCAUACUUCAGCUCAUGAACAUGAAUGUUUCCGAGAAUGUAAAACUCCAGGGUAUAUUAUUUCAGCUGAUGUUUAUCGUAAAGAUGAAAUCGAUCGUACUCAUUAUCCUGCAUUCCAUCAAAUGGAAGGAGCUAGAUUAUGGUCUAAAAAUAGUGGAAACCUUGAAGAAAUCAUAGCUAAGGAUAUUGAAGAUAUUCCAAAGACAAAUAUUAUUGUUGAAGAUCCAUUCAGAGAAAAUUGCUUUAGUGCUGAAAAUCCUAAACAAGAUUAUAUGACUGAUAAAGAAGUUCAAUUGGUUAGUACUCAUUUAAAGAAAACUGUUGAAUACCUUGUUAAUCAAGUAUUUGAAGCUGCUCGUAAAUCUGCUAAAUUAGCAGGAUCUACGGAGCCUUAUUUAAAUGAACCAUUAAAAAUCAGAUGGGUAGAAGCUUAUUUCCCCUGGACGGCACCAUCUUGGGAAAUUGAAGUAUGGUGGAAAGGUGAAUGGUUAGAAUGUUGUGGUUCUGGUUUAGUAAGACAACAAGUUUUAUUGAAUGCUGGUUUAGGAGAAGAUAAACUUGGUUGGGCCUUUGGAAUUGGUCUUGAUAGAAUUGCCAUGUUAUUAUUCGGAAUUCCAGAUAUUAGAUUAUUCUGGUCUUUAGAUGAGAGAUUCAGUAAACAAUUCACUAAUGGCCAUAUCAGUACAUUUGUUCCAUAUUCUAAAUAUCCAGGUAUUAAGAGAGAUAUUUCAUUCUGGUUACCUAAAGGAGUCUCACUUCAUGACAAUGAAGUUAUGGAAGUGGUUAGAUCUCAUGCUGGUGAUUUAACUGAAAGUGUGGUCAAUAUUGAUGAAUUCAUUCAUCCAAAAACUGGUAAGAAAUCACAAACUUAUCGUUUAAAUUAUCAAUCUAUGGAUAGAAAUUUAACUAAUGUUCAUAUUAAUGAAUUACAUAGUAGAGUCGAAGAAGAUUUAAAGAAAUUCUUUGAUGUUGAAAUACGUUAGAAACAAUUAUAUUAAAAUCAUGUAAAUAGUCUAUAUAUAUUGUAUACAAAAUAGAAGCACUAAUUAUUGCGGUCAGGAU